GUGCCGUCUAUGUUCUUCGCUAUUAGAGCACGCCAGUACCAUGACAGUAGUUGAAAGAACCGCUGGUAAACAAUCGUACUACCGGAUGGCACCGUGGAUUGGCAAGUGAAUUGAAAACUUUCGUCUGUCGUGCGCUGAAAAAAUGACAAGUUGUGUGAAUUUAUAAUCUUAUUUUUGUGUUUAUAACGAUAUUGGGAUUUUUUUUUGUGUUGUGUACUCCGAUAAUAAUUGUGUAAUUUCUCUAGUAUUCGCCAGAGUCAAUAUGUGGAAAUAUAUUUUGGCCUUAAUGAUUUUUACAGAUGACCUUCAGCGUUCAUUCCAAAUAACUACAAUCCAUCAUGACAAGCCAGAAGAAAGCAACAUACACCGAAUGGCAACAACAAUGACGAGCAACAGUACGAUAGAACUAAACAACGUUACGCUAACACAUACUGAACGCCAAAAGAGACUUCUGCCAUAUGUAAACUUUUACCAAUCUGGAAACCAAAAUCAAGUUACCUAUGAGAAAUAUCCCCCAACUGUCCCGAAAAAAGUUUACCCCGUGUACAACGAACAAAACUCGGAUAUCGUAUACCACCAUAACCUGAAGUUAACUCCUUUUUCUGUCAAUAAUGCAAUUCCAGGUCCUUUUAAACCGAUGAUGUCUGCCCCGUCGAGAGUUAAAGUUCAGUACGUUCCAUUACCUCAACACAAAGUUCCAAACUUUAGCGAAAUUUACGAUAAAUUGGCUCAAUUGAAACUAUCGCAAAGCUACAGACGACCCGCCUACUUUCAAAUUAAACGUCCCUCUAGCCAUCAAUCGUUUUUACUAAAGCCACAAGUUUAUAACGAGCAUAAACUUAUACAACCGUCUAAAACCACAAUAGAAACCUACACUGCUACAAAUAUAGAUAUACCAACUGGACCCGGCGAUACAUACCAAUAUAAUACUCAAAAGAAUUUUCAGCAGAACAAACCCUAUAUAAAUUCACAAAUAGCUGUAGAAAUACCUUAUUCUAGUAUACCUCAAGAAAACUAUAAAAGAAAGCCAUAUCAAGAAUUCCAGAAGCCAUUUAUAAUUGUACCAGCAAGCCCUCCAGACAACAGAAAUAAACAAGUUGUCAUUAUUGAACAAAGAAAACCUAUUUUAAGUAAAAAUCCAGAUUCCUACGAACCAAGUCAGUACGAAAACCAAUAUCAAUUAAACACUCCUCAAUAUGAGGAGUAUGAACCUUUUCCGAAAUACGAACAAGAACCAAUAUACGAAGAUAUUCCACGAUAUGAACAAAUACAAUAUAAAGAAGCUGAAACAUACGUAGUAACUCCAAAGUACGAGGAACCUCCCAAAUAUAUAGAAGUCCCAAAAUAUGAAGAACCCCCCAAAUAUGUAGAAGCCCCAAAAUAUGAAGAACCCCCCAAAUAUGUAGAAGCCCCAAAAUAUGAAGAACCCCCCAAAUAUGUAGAAGCUCCAAAAUACAAAGAAAGGUCCAAAUAUAUAGAAUCUUCAAAAUAUAUCGAAAAUCCAAAAGAUAUUGAUAUUCCAAAAUACGAAGCAGUUCCAAAAUACAUAGAAACUCCAAAAUAUGUCGAAGCUCCAAAGUACGAAAAACCCCCCAAGAAUUCUGUAAACUUAGCUAUUAUUUUAAAACAUCUCCAAGCAACAAAUACUCUACCAAAAACUCUUACCCCUGACAAUAUUGACAACAGUAUAAAAACUUUAGUUAAAAUUUUAAACGCUUUGAAGAAGCAGUCGAAACUAUCUAAACCCAUUGUGGUACAAGAGCAAGUAGCUCCUGAGUAUAUCGACGAUAUCGAAAAUGAUGGUGGUUUAAGCAUCAAUGAGAUUUAUCCAGAAGAUACUGAUGAAGGUGGUACUCCAGGAAAACCAGGCGUUGAUUACCCAGCUUUGUCCAGUAUUCCACAAACAAGCUUUAAUUGCAAGACUCAACGAUACAAGGGAUUUUUUGGAGAUCCUGAUACACACUGCCAGGUUUGGCAUUACUGUGAUCUUAAUGGAGGACAAGCGUCUUUCUUGUGUCCCAACGGCACAAUAUUUAGUCAAGUAGCACUAACAUGUGACUGGUGGUACAACGUUAAGUGCUCUUCUACUGCUCAGCUGUAUGUUCUCAACGAGAGGCUCUAUAAAUAUAUAAUACCUUUGUCUCCUAAGUUUCCAGAGGAUUAUACUGGACCGUUAGUAGACAAAUACCUCGCACUUAAAUUUCAAGAAAUGGAGGAAAAGAUGAGAAAAGAAAAAAAGGGUAAAGGUAAUGCCAGUAAAGAGGAAGAUGACGAAGUGUCCGAAAAACAAGAUGUUGAAGCUGAAAACACGGAGAAAAUUGCAAGCGUUGAAUCCACUUCGAAAAGUUAUAUUCAAAAGGAAACUCUACAAACCGUGGAAGAUGAUAAUAAAAAUUAAUAAAACCAUUUAUCGAAUAAUACUGUAAUCAUCUUCUCAUUUAUAAUCGAUGUUAGAACUUGUCUAUUGAAGAUCUCGUUAAAAUGAAUUGUUUGGUGUGAGCCAAUUAUUGGAACAAAACGAAUUGGACACUAAUUUCAAAGCCAAUUCAGAGUUUUUGAUCAUUAUAAUCAUACACUUUGAUAAAAAAGAACUUUAUUCUUUACUAAAUAUGUUUCUAUAAAGUGUCACAAGACAAUAAUACCACAUAUGUAUAUCGUUUUUUCCUUGUGAGUGUACCUUUAUAUUAUGUUACCGUUAAAACUCGAUUUCAGUUAAAACCCGAAUUUACUAGGAAAAACUUCUUUUAACUAUGAGCUUUAGACAAUUCUAGUUUUAACUAUUCAACACUACAUUUUACCGCUAAAUUCAGUUAAAUCUAGAAAUCCCGAACAAAUUUCAUUUAGAGUAGUUUAUACUACCUAGUUCAAACUAGUUUUUACUGGAAUUACUAGCGAAUGCCAGCUAAAAUCGUUGCAACAAGAGACAAAUACGAUUUGGCUUGUUCGGGAUAGGGUUAGUGACGAAGCGGCCGCGGCCGGUCGGUAACAAACUAAUAUGUGCAACUGUUGAUUUUUCUGCAUCGUUUUUAUUGGUUAUAUUACACUACUGUGUAUUAUUCACCAUGAGUGAUAAUGUCCAUGUCGCAGAUCAGGUUGAGAGCAGAGAUAUAAGAACUUGGAAAGAACGGUUUUUGGAAAAGAUUUUACAAAAGGAAUAGAGCGAGAAGAAAGAAAGUCAGUACAAUGUUGUGACCAAAACCAUGUAUAAUAAAUUGAUGGCCGAAGCUAAAGAUGCCAAGGAACUGUCUGCCAAGAAAACAUUAAAACGUUUUAGAAUUGUUAAAGUUGCGAAAUAAAAAGUUGGCUUGAACCCAUCAAAUAUUAUAUACCUGCUGAAGACAUUUUUGACAUAAUUGAAGCGGCCCAUAUUGCUAUUGGUCAUAGAGGUUGGGAUAGGUUGAAGACUGAAACCGCCUGAAAAUACGCAAACAUAUCAACUGAUAUGUUCAAUAAUUGUACCUAUAUCAAUGUGUGAGACCUGCCAACGGAAGGCGAGUAAAGCGAAGAGGGGCCUUGUGUCGAAAUCUAUAUUGCAUUCAGAAAUGAAUAGUCACUGUUAAGUAGAUUUGACCGAUAUGCAAUUUAAUUUGAUUAAAAAAGAUGACAAAAAAAAUUCAAAAUAUUGCAGAAUUAUUUUGUAACAACAUGUGAAUUAAAAAAGGGGGGCUAACUUCGUCCCUAAUUGUCGUAGGGUAAUAGUCACUGUUAAGUAGAUUUGACCGAUAUGCAAUUUAAUUUGAUUAAAAAAAAUGACAAAAAAAAUUCAAAAUAUUGCAGAAUUAUUUUGUAAGAACAUGUGAAUUAAAUAAGGGGGGCUAACUUCGUCCCUAAUUGUCGUAGGGCAAUCGUUUUUCUUUCUAGUAAGCAAAAAAUCGACAUGUUUUUGCAAAAUAAUUUUACACUGUUUAAAAUUACUUUUUGUCAUUUUUUUUUUAAUUAAGUUAAUAGCAUAAAUGUUCUUCUUUCAUAAACUGUCCGAAUUAUUACUUUAACCUCAUAAUUCUAUGACUUUGGUGUUGCAAAGAAAAUUAAUUUGGUAUAAACAAAUUCAAUCACUUUUAAACUAUUUUACCAAUUGCAUUGAAAUUUAGGGUACGAUUUAAGCACCAGAAGUCUCAGCCUUCCAAUAAGAAGGUUCUAAGUUAAUUUUUACAUAAGUUAUGAAUAUUUAUAAAAACUCAAAAUUUAUGAUUUAUUUUGCAAUUUUCUGAGCAACCAAUAAGAAUAAACAUAUUCAGCGAAGCCAUAAUGGAGAUUUUUAUACGGUUUAUGAGUUUCUUACUCUCAGAUUUGUUUAAAAUGCUUAACUUUUUGGUAAUAGACGAAAAAAUCGAAAAUUUACUGUUUUUGAUCUUUAUUUGUUUAUAACUAUGAAUAUCAUCAAAAUCGGCUGCAGGAAACAUAUAGGCUAUUAAUAUAGAUUUCCAUACUACUCAAAAAAUUUGGUUUCGGCCUGGAGGUAGAUGUGUCACGAGAAAAAUCUUAUUUCUCUGGACAUGUAUGAAAAGCGGGUAUACAAACCUAACGUCAGUGAUUCCAUGAACACAACGUCAGUUAAGCGGAUUAAGUGACGUAUAUACUAGUAAUACAUAAUCAAAUUAAACGUUCUAACAUCGAUUAGAGGGUGAGAAAAGAUAUUUAAUUUAAAACCUACUGCAAAUAAAUAUAACUGCUUCAAUCUAAAAUAAUAAAUUUGCCAUAUUAAGUAAACAAGAAAGAACUGAAGAUUAUGGUUUCAGUAGUAUUAGAUAAAUAAUUGAUUUCCCUAAUCAAGUCGGCAACAAAUUUUGAUAGGUGCGUACUAUUUUGAGCUAGGCCCGAUACAAAAUAAAUCUAUUGCUUUUUGUUUAUAUGCUCGACUCAUAUUUAUCUUAUAUUAUAUUUUUGUACAUAGUAAAGUCCUUGCAUAGCUUUGCAUGUACCUAGGCCUUGCGGCAGGGUUGUUUGUCAUUUAAUAAGUCAGCACGCACUUGAACGGCAUAUACAAGAGACAGAGCUGCACUGGCUCGCUUGUAUACCUAUUCAUUUCUGUACUGUAACAUUUAAAAUUUUAAAUACCAUUGGGAAAUAUACAAAAAAUUGUAAACCCAAAAUAUUUUUACAUUAUCCAUUUUACACAAACCAAUAAACAAUACAUGUGAGUGUGAGUGCAAUUAUUGUUGUACGAUCUGAAGUUGGUAUCCCAAGGACAUUUCUUUGGGAUACGCCAGAGUGGAUGGGAUGUGCAGAAGUUAGGGCCUCUAAGUUUGAUCUGGAGCGAUCUGCUGGCAUAUGUGAUUGAAGAAACAUGCACAUUGGAUACGGCAGUUGUCUCUUAAGUUUUGAUAUUAUCCCUGUAUGCCAUACCUUAUCGAAAGCUUGGAAGACAUCAAGGAAGGCUGGUGUACAAUAUUUCUUGUUCUCGAGAGCAUUUACUGAGGUUCUGACAAUCCUAUGAACCUGUUCGAUUGUACCGUGUUGUUGUCGAAAACAUAAUAGGGAACUUGCACAUUUUUUUAUUACAUAAUAAUGUUCAGAUGAGAUUUCCAAAAUUUAACGCUCCAAAAACUCAUAAUAACUUAGAAGUACAAGUUUAAAGUCUUCUGUAUUUAAAAUAGUUCAAACGAUCCGUGACGUCACAUAGUUUAACUAUAUGGUUCCAUUUAUGGUUAUAUUUAGGUAUAUUUUUCUUCUUAUUUUUUAGUUUAUUGGCCUCCACCUACUUGGGUAUUUGGCCAGCUCGUCGUCGCGGAAUAAAGGAAAAAUAUUUAUAUUCUAAUGACAUUUAUCGUAUGUCAUUGUAAUAAAUAUACCAGUUUGUUGAAAUUGGAGUUUGAUAUAGUUAUUGAAGGAAAGGAAAGAAGGUUUACUAGUGAAAAUAAAACCAUUUUUUGAAAGUACAAAUUUUCUGUGAAUAGUUCAAACGAUCAAAAACACUUGCAACGUCACAUAACUAAUUUAACAUAAUAACAUUUUCUACUGACGUUUAUAAUGUCUAAUUUAAAAUUAUAUACAAUUUCGUUUACUUUGUUGGUUCAGAAUAUAAACAUAUAACCGGAUAACGUCACGAUGCGUUUUCAGCUGGCUGGUAUAAUUUGAAUUUUUAAUCGUCUUUAGGGGCCAAACGGAAGACAAACAAAACUUUUUUAUCUUUGAUACAUGUUUUAAAUUAUGUUCUGUUGUGAUUUAUAACAUUUUUUUCGAACUUAAAAUUUUAUGCAAGUUCCCUAUUGGUAAUGAGGUACUAGCUUUUUUUCUGUAAUAACAGUGUCUAUUAUUUCCUAGAGAACCAUUGAACAGCAUUGAAUAUGUACAUUAGUGGCUUUAUUGCUUCUUAAGGUAGUUCUUUAAGCACUAGUCCUGUUAUGGGGUCGUAUCCAGGAGAUUUUUUUAUAUGUAUUUAGGUUUUUGAUUACUUCUUUGAUUUCGGUAAUUUUAUCUUUUCUGGUAGAAAGACACAUCUGGUAGGGUUUAUAUGCUAUAUCUGUAGCACAUUUCUUUUCGUCCUCUAGGACCUCUCUCUUGUAUAUAUACACCGUUAUUAGGCGUCAACGCCCUUCGAUAGGGAUCUAUGGAGGAGUAUCAUCAAGACACAAGCCCUUAUCCCUUGCCGUACCGCUCCUCCAUAGGCCGAUCAGACACCAGUUUAUCCCAGAUCAAGUCGUAGAUUCUAUUGAAUUUUAUACUGCUGACGUUGUCCUUUUAUUAAUUUAAUGACCUGGCUGAGGCUCGAACCGUCGAUCGCAAAUCCACUAAACUUGUCGAUCGACUGCGCCUUUGCCAACUGAGCCGUCGUGACCGACCUCUCUCUUGUGCGAUUGGAAAACUGUCUCACGAUGCUUAGCAAAGAUAUUAGCUCUCUCUUCGUCACUUCGAGACCAGGUGCUAUCAUUUUUCUGGUCGGUGUUUUAGUUUGUGAUUGUGUUUAAAGUUUUCUAGACAAUUUCCGGACUAAGUAGUUUUUUCUUCAGAGCUUGACAGAUUUUCUAGAAAAUAAUUUAUUUCUUUUUCUUUGUGUUCCUGCACGACUCUUCAAACCCAAAAUAUCAAGAAUGUAUAAAUUCCCAGGUAUUAAGCUGUAGUUCUUGUUUUCUUCAUGCCUCGUCUAUCAUAGAUCUCUUGAAAUAGACCGCCCUAGACGACUCUUUCUUAUUUACUAUUAAUAUCCAAAGGCACCUCAAAUCGGCUGAUGUCAAAUUCGGCUUUAUUCGGCUUUAUUCAAAUUUUCAUGGUUCUGUUGCCUUUAGUUCUCGAGAUAUUUCUAAUUUGUCGCUUAUCUGCCUCACCCUGUAUACUCGGCCUCAAUCUGAGGAAUAUUUCUCAACUUCUAAGUACGCCCUGUGAGCCAGUGUGAGCUACUCUAUUUAUCGUCAUACUUGCUAUAACAUUGCAGAAGUCUCACAAAAAUUUAUUAAAUAUGUUAAAGUUAAAAUUAUUACCAUAAAAUAAAAUAUUUUACAUGAAAAAUAGUAGUGAUAUUAUAGAUAGAUGUUCUAUGAAAACACAUAUUAAACAUUUUCAGCCUAUUAGACAAGGCGAAAACGGCGGGUUCGUUGGAAAAAAUAUUCCCAUGAGAUUUUUUUGCAUAAUCGCCUUCGUGAGAUAUCCCAGAAUAAGGUUCAAGAAGUCGUCCACGCAAAAAGUGGUCCAAAUUUUUUUAAACAAUUUUUUUUUAACAAAUUGCAAAAAUCAGUAUUUUCGGCACGGCCUUUUUUUAGGUUUUUUGGACCAUUCUGGACAAAAAAGUUUUCUUGUAAUUUUUCUCUUGAGUUGAUCGUUUUCCCGUUAUAUGCAAUUUAAAAUUAAAAAAAUGAAAAAUGGCGAUUUUCAAGGCCCAAAAACACUAGUAAAAAUAUUAUUUUUGAGGUUACCAAGUCCCUAUAUCAAAGUGCAAACCUUCUUGUAUCCGUUGCCGAUGAGUAUUUUGGGCUUAUUUUAUUUUAAACUAUUGUUUUUUAAUUAUUGUAAAUGCAGCGUUUAUGAUAGGGCGGGCGCUCGGGCUUUCGCAUGUCUGGACUAUUAUUAUUAUAAAUAAUAAUUGAAGACAUAAGUGGAUAAAGGUCAUAUGUCACAGAAUAAUGUUUUUGAGUAAUGAGCAUUUUAGUGUCUUUUGUUCCAAGUUAGUUAUUUAUUUUAUAAAUUUGCAUUGCUACACUUUUUUAAACAGGUAUUUGAAGGUACUUUUUUACACUUUAAAUUGAAUUUAAAAAUAGUUACUUUAAGCCUAAUAUUUUAAAUUUUGUGUACAUAUUACCUUUAUCCACAUAGUAAAAAUAAUUAAAAAAUGUUAGGCACGGCCUAACAUUUAUCCACAUAAGUGGAUAAAAGAGUUAAGUAUCAAAAAUGGGCAUUUAUUGUCAAAAAAAUUGCAAUACAAACUGCAAAAUUAAUAAAAAUAUAUAGGUCUGGAUCCCGCGUAUGAAAAAAAAGUUGAUUAAUAGCAAGCUGAAAAUUUGUUAAUAGCUUAAGGGUGUCUAGUCGGACAAACUUUGAUAUAUGGGAACACUGGAACAGGGGCAGUUUUAAUUGUGGAACAGGUUAAAAAUUUGGAACGGUCACACCACGAGAACGGCACAUUUAUUUUGUCCGACAAAACAGACUUAAACUCUCCGAACAGAGAUUAAACUCUCAUGCAAAAAUCAGACUGCUAUGUAUUACCAAAUGUGCGUUUUCAUCAGUGGAACAUGUAGAAUAUGUCAAAUGACAGGAAUUAUGACAGAUGAUAAAUAGCAGUCUGAUUUUUGCAUGAGAGUUUAAUCUCUGUUCGGAGAGUUUAAAUCUAUUCUGUCGGACAAAAUAAAUGUGCCGUUUUCGUGGUCUGACCGUUCCAAAUUUUUAACCUGUUCCACAAUUAAAACUGCCCCUGUUCCAGUGUUCCCAUAUAUCAAAGUUUAUCCGACUAGACACCCUUAAGCUAUUAACAAAUUUUCAGCUUGCUAUUAAUCAACUUUUUUUUCAUACGCUGGAUCCAGACCUAAUAUUUUUAAGUAGGUUCUGCUUUUCUUUUUGGGAUUUUUUUUAUUUUCCACUAUCGUGUUUUCAUAAAACCAUCUAUACUUUUCGGGAACAAAUUUUAUUCUGUCUCUUAAAUUUCCCACUUUUUUAAAACUCAAACUACCAGUUUUAUUUUCCAGUCUUCUUGGUCUAUAUUCAGUUGUGGUCAGAUGUGCUGUCCUUUUUUUUUUCUUAAAUCUACUUGCUGAAAUGGCAUGUAGUCAUUAAGGUAUUUAUGUCUUAUAGAUAUAGAAGCCAAGUUCGUCCACUCUUAUCCAUUUUACGUAACACGAAAAUUAACCUUUGGUUUUGAAGUGUUUGUUUGCUUUUUACAUAAAUAGAGGUUCGUCAGCAGAUCUUCAAAGUAGUAGAAAAAGUUCUCCAUAUUUACACAUUUCACAUGGAUAAAGGUAUUAUGACCAAAUGCGAUCUUGGCCAUAAUACCUUUAUCCUCUAGAAUUCGAAAAUCUAGUGGGACAUAUUGCUUUAAUAUCUUCCUGUUAUUUUUAUUUAGCUAAAAAUAGGUUAUUUUAAAAUUUUAAAAGGUUAAACAACAUAUUAGAAGAACAAAAACCUAAUAAAACAAUUUUCUCAAAAAAUGUGACAUAAUAUGACCUUUAUCCACUUAUGUCUUCAAUUAUGUAGCUCGGGCGUUCUCGGCGCUUUUUUAUACUUGUUAAAAAUAUAGGUACAUACGUAAUGGUAACCACGUUUUUUAGUUUGUAUAAAUCAAUAUGAUUUUUUGUUGUUUAUUAUAAUUUAUGAAGGUAUAAAUAACAAUUAAAAAAUUAAUAAAGCGUUCGAAAGUUGACAAAUGUGUAUCAAAAUUUAUUUGAAAUUCAUAUUUUCGCAUUUAUCUACAUCGCAACCACAUAAAGGUACACAAGUAACAUUAUUUUUCUUACAAUUACAUGCUUUAGUUUUACAAGUUUUUGUACAUUUGCAUCGUUGAAUCAGUUUAUUAGGUAAUGGAUUUUUUUAACAUAAAUUUGGGUAAUUAUUUCAUUCAUAGGAGAUUCUGACCAAUAGAAAGCUACAGAAAUACAAAUUAAGGUGAUAAUUUUUGAUAAUAUCCCGUCGUUAAGCAUACUACGUCAGAUGCCCUUCGUUGCUACGAAAAAAUACAUUCAGUGACAUUAAUAACAAUUAAUGUUUUAAAAAUUAUAAAAGUGAUGACUUUCAAUCGUCAUAUUAUAUUUAUAAAAACUGUGUGUUUAAUGGUACUUUGUACUUACAUAAAUAAAUUACAAUUAAAUUUUGGUUUUGAACAGUUUUUUUCAUAAAAUAAUCGCAACAAAUUGCACACGAUCUCUGAAAUUAAUAUAGAAUUUUUGCUCUCGUGACACUUUGACAUAAUUUCACUCGCCUUCGGCUCGUGAAAUUAAAACUGUCAAAGUGUCACUCGGGAAAAAUUCAAUAAUUUCAGAGCUCUUGUGCAAUUACUACUGAUUAUUUCAUUCAUAGGAGAGUCUGACCAAUAGAAAGCUACACAGAAAUCUGAAUUAAAUCGAUAAUUUUUUAUAAUUGCCCGUCGUUAAGUAUAUUACGUCAGAUGCCCUUCGUUGCUACGAAAAAAUACAUUCAGUGACAUUAAUGAAAAUUAAUGUUUUAAAAAUUAUAAAAGUGAUGACUUUCAAUCGUCAAAUAUUUAUAAAAACUUUGUGUUUAAUUGUACUAAUUUGUACUUACAUAAAUAAAUUACAAUAAAAUUUUGGUUUUGAACAGUUUUAUUCAUGAAAUAAUCGCAACAAAUUGCACUCGAACUCUAAAAUUAAUAUAGAAUUUUUGCCCUCGUGACACUUUGACAUAAUUUCACUCGCCUUUGUCAUAAUUUCAUGAGCCUUUGGCUCGUGAAAUUAAAACUGUCAAAGUGUCACUCGGGAAAAAUUCAAUAAUUUUAGAGCUCUUGUGCAAUUACUACUGAUUAUUUCAUUCAUAGGAGAUUCUGACAAAUAGAAAGCUACAGAAAUCUGAAUUAAACUGAUAGCUGUUUUGAUAAUUGCCCGUCGUCAAGCAUAUUACGUCAGAUGCCCUUCGUUGCUACGAAAAAAUACAUUCAGUGACAUUAAUGACAAAUGUUUUAAAAAUUAUAAAAGUGAUUACUUUCAACCGUCAAAUACAUAUUUAUAACAACUGUGUGUUUAAUUGUACUAAUUUGUACUUACAUAAAUAAAUUACAAUAAAAUUUUGGUUUUGAUCAGUUUUAUUCAUGAAAUAAUCGCAACAAAUUACACUCGAUCCCUAAAAUUAAUAUAGAAUUUUAGAGCUUUUGUGCAAUUACUACUGAUAAUACCUACUCCUGUUUCAUCUGCCACGUAACGAUCUCAAUGAUAAAAACUAAAAGAAAUAAUUUUGCUACACAUUUGUAAACUUUCGAACGCUUUAUUAAUUUUUUAAUUGUUAUUUAUACCUUCAAAAAUUAUAAUAAACAUCAAAAAAUCAUAUUGAUUUAUAAAAACUAAAAAACAUGGUUACCAAAAUCGUAUGUAUAUUUAACAAGUAUAAAAAGCGCCGGGAACACCCGAGCUAGAUAAUAUAAUCAUAGUCCAGACGCGCGACAGCCCGAGCGCCCGCCCUAUCAUCAGCGCUGCAUUAGCAAUUAAAAAACAAUAGUUUAAAAUAAAGUAAGCCCAAAACACUCAUCGUAACGGAUAGAAGAAGGUUUGAACUUUAAUUUAGCCACUUGGUAACCUGAAAAAUAAUAGUUUUUACUGGUGCUUUUGUGCCUUGAAAAUCGCCAUUGUUCGUUUUUUUCAAUGUUAAAUUGCUUAUAACUCGAAAACGAUUAACUUUAGAGAAAAACUAUAGAAAACCUUUUUUGUUCAGCAUGGUUCAAGAAAUUAAAAAAAAAUUGUCCGGGCCGAAAAUAUAGAUUUUUGCAAUUUGUUUCAAAAAACUUGUUUAAAAAAAUUUGGACCACUUUUCGCGUGGGCAACUUCUUGAACCUUAUUCUGGGGUAUCUCACGAAUAUGAUUGUGUAAAAAAAUCUCAUGGGGAUAUUUAUUUCAACGAACCCGCCGUUUUCGCCUUGUCUAUUAUGCCGAUUAUUAGUGACCACGUUAAACUACAAAUUAUAAUAUGCAGUAUUAAAAUAAUAAUGGAACAUGAUAGAAUUGAAUAAUAAAGGAUCGGGUAAAAAAUGACUUCUACAUAAAUUUUGUUGCCGGGGAUACCAAUGAUAAAUUUUGUUUUUGACUAGAUUAGAAAUGCAUUUCGACAGACACAUUGUCACGAAAAUGUAAUGCUGUAAAACAAAAAGUAUUAAAAUUAUUAAUUUAAUGUGUAUUGUUAUUUUGUAUGUAGUUUAGACAAUUAUUUAUGCUAUAUACAGUUGUGAUAUAAUUAAAAUGUAUGUCAGCUGACUGGUGGAUAUUAAGUAAUAAUUUGUUAUUAUUUAUAGUAUUUAAACUCUAUGAUAAUAUAUUUCAUUUGUUAUGUUCUGGAUUAUUUAAAGAAGGUUAAAAUUUUUUGUUUGUAAAUAAAUGCUAGAAUAAAUGAAAGUAUGCUUUGUG